AUGACUUCAUCAACACCGACGACAUCCCAAUCUGUCAUAAGAAACAUUGAGACUAGUUCUAAUGUGACUGAUCUUUUAGAGAAAAUUACCUCAUUCAUUGAUACAUGCGAAUUUCAGUCGGCACACAUAUUAUGUACAAGAGCGUUGAGUAUCGAGCCAGAGAAUUCCCAAUUGUUAGAGACAACAGGCACCAUAGAGUUAGAAUUGGAAAUGUAUGAACAGGCGAGAGAGCACUUUGCAAAAGCAAUAUCAAUAUCACCAACCACAGGUUAUUCGAUAUAUAUGUACAUGGGACAAAUGAGUGAAGGCCUCGACUCUGUGAGAUAUUUUCAACAAGGUGUAGAUUUGAUGAGUAAUGAAUUAAGCCAAGUAGACGGCAACUCGGAUGAAGCAAAAACGCUACGGCGGAAAAUUUCAAGUGCUCUAUGUUCCAUGACGGAAAUAUACUUGACUGAUUGUUGUUUUGAACCAGAUGCCGAAAUGAAGUGUGAUCUAUAUUUAAAUCAAGCAGUAGAUGUUGAUAAUGAGAGUCCCGAAGUGUAUCAGUUAUUGGCAUCUGUGAGACUUUCGCAGGAAAGAAUUGAGGAGGCUAAAUUGGCGUUGGAAAAGAGUAUGAGUUUCUGGGAGAAUAAAGAUUUAGGCGAUCAGUCUGUGCCAUCUUAUGAACUGCGUAUAUCACUUGUCAAGCUAUUAUUAGAAUUGGCAGAAUAUUCAAAAGCUCUCGAUGUCUUGAGUGAUCUUCAGCAAGAAAAUGAUGAAGUAGUAGAUCUAUGGUAUCUUUAUGGAUGGUGUUAUUACUGCAUGGGUGAAGGCACCCAAGAUGAGAAUGAACGAAUAGUAAACUGGAAAGAUGCACGAGAUUGUUUGACAAAGUGCAAAAAGUUAUUCCACACAUUAAACACGGAAGACGAAGGUAUUUUACAACAUGCGAAAGAAUUACUUCAAAUUAUAAAUUCUACCGUACAAAUGGCACAAUCAAAUGAAGAUAAUGAGGAUGUCGGCGAAGAAGAUAGUUGGGAGGAUUAUAGUAGUGAUGGUGAUGGUGCAAAUGAACAGAAUGAAGAUCCUAUGGAGCUAUGA